AUGUCGUUUGCUGCAUCUCUACUCUCCCUACCUUUCAAACCUCUCAGCCCCCGAAUUCGAGCUUCAGCUUCUGACGUUCCCGAUUCUCUCUCUCCUGAUUGGAUUGAGUCUCACAGGAAAAGACCUUCUGGUCCUAGAUUGAGUUUUAGUGCAGAGGAAGCUGUACGAUACCAGCUUGAUGCAUUGAUGUUCAAUGACCAACCUCGCCCAGAUUAUGGGAUUGAAGUCAUGUAUAGGUUUGCUGGAUUCGAUCCUUUUGAAAGAUCUACCUAUUUUGGACCUUUCUUUGAUUUAGGGCAGUUUGAACGGUUCAGGCGGAUCUUCCACCAUUCAAGCUACCGAGUUUUGCUAGGUCACCGUGAAAGAAAAAUCUUAAGCAAUUUACUUGUGAAGGAGAAUCGCUAUAAGCAGCGAGUUUGGGUACGAGGAGCUCGACCCGAGGAAGAAGAAAUAUUUCAAUUCACGAUGGUUCAGAGAGUUGGGGGUUCUUGGGAUGGAUAUUGGCUGACAGAAUCUCUCCUUCACGACGGAGAUAGCUUUUCUGGUGGCGUGGCAUACUGA